AUGGCUGCUCAACAAGACCAACAAUCAAUAGAUAAUUUACUUGAUUGUCCAAUAACAGGAACACGUUUUGUUGAUCCUGUUAUAGCUGAUGAUGGAUAUACUUAUGAACGACAAGCAAUUGUUGAAUGGUUACGUCAAAAACCAGUUAGUCCUAUAACACGACAAUCAAUGUCUAUUGAUUGUUUACGUUCUAAUCGUAUUGUUAAACAAAUGUUAGAUGUAGAGAAAAAAGCCGAAAGACAAAGUUAUCGAUUUAAAUUAAAUAUUGAUGUAAAAAGGAAACGAAAUCGAGCUUUAUUUCAAAAUGGUGAUAAAUUUAUAUACGAAGCUGAAUGGUUAAAUAAUGAACAAGGACCCGAAAUUGUUCUUUUACAUAUUCGCGGUGCUCGUGCAUCAAAAGAAGCCUCAUUUUAUGCGAAAUGA